CUUCGAGACUCUCGCGUUUGGAAGAAAGCUUCUUAAGCCGUGUUCUUCCAACUUUGUGCCUGGGCGUAAGAGAAGAUUCCCCCCCUCGAUUCCAGCAGCUCAAAUGACCCAGCUGGCUGGCUGUGAAGGUGACAUGACUUCUGCAUAUGUAAGCAGUUGUUAGAAAUGCACGGUGCUUUGCCAAUGAUUCUCAAAAGGGUGGAGUUAUAUAGACUUCCAUAUCCUUCCUCUUCAAGACCAUCAUUACAACAAAUUCGACAAUAUGGCAACCCAAGACAAGAAACCCGCAGCUGAAGCUAAACCAGAGGUUUUCGGUGACACAAUCCUGACAAAAUACAAAUUCGCAGGUGACAUCACUUCAAAAGCUAUCAAAGCAACAAUUCAAGGUGGUGUAGAAGGAAAGACGAUUUUGGAAGUAUGUCAAUUAGGAGACAAAGCUGUUGAAGAGGGUGUUGCAGGUGUAUUCAAGAGUGAUAAAAAAAUGCCAAAAGGAUCAGCAUUCCCCACAACAGUUUCAGUAAACAAUGUGAUUUGCAAUUAUGCUCCUUUACCUUCCGACCCUGCUUCCUCAAGAGCAUUGAAGAACGGAGACGUUGUCAAGGUUCAAUUGGGUACUCACAUUGAUGGGUAUGCAGCCAUUGCAGCAGAGACUUUCGUUGUUGGCGCUUCUAACUCCAAGCCAGUAGAAGGAAAAGCGGCAGAUGCAAUCAAAGCUGCUUGGACGGCAGCCGAAGUUGCUAUUCGUGCUAUGCAACCAGGAAAGACCAACUUUGAAGUUGCAAAAGAAGUCGAAGCUUCAAUUCGGGAAUUCGAUGGUGUUCGUGCCGUUGAAGGUAUGCAAACCAACUUGAUGGACAAAGAUGUCAUUGAUGGAAAGAAGAAGAUCGUUUUGGCCGCUGAACCAACACAACGUCCUGAAGCAUGCAAACUAGAAGAGAAUGAAGUUUACGGAGUAGACAUUCAAGUCACAACCAGUGAAUCUGGAAAACCAAAAACGGACAAUGAAAAGACCACAAUCUACAAAAAGACUGGAAGCACAUAUCUAUUGAAAAUGCAAACAUCCCGCAAAGUGUUUAGCGAAGUGCAAAAGACUGCUGGUGCAUUCCCUUUCAACUUGCGUAUCUUGGAAGAUGAAAAGAGAGCUAGAAUGGGUAUUCAAGAAUGUGUUAAUCACUCUUUGGUUUCGCCUUUCGAAGUAUUGUAUGACGGAAAGGAAGAUGCAAUCACUGCUCAAAUUUUCUUCACAUGCGCCAUCUCUGCCAAAGGUGCAAACAGAUUAACACCUGCACCUGCUUGGUACAACGAAGAGAUUGUCAAGAGCACACAAGCUGUCAAAUCGGAAGAACUCAAGGCCAAAUUAGCCGCCCCCGUUCGUCAACAAAAGAAGAAAGCAGUUAAGGCUUAAGAAGUUUUCACUUUCUUUUUGAACAGCCUGGCGUGCGAUUAGAUGGAAGUAUAUCUGGGCUGUGAGAAGAAGGACGGUUUCUUAAUGCUGUCUUUUGACAUCCCAUCUUUUCUUC